CGGAGCGCCCCUGAGGGUUGGAAGAGCCGCGGGAUUGUGGCUUUGUGACAGCUGAAAGCUUCGGAAAGUGACAGGAGGGAAAAGGAUGCUUCGAGUUAGCCGGGAAAUAGAGCGUGCUUCGAGCACCAGGGUAAACUGUGAAAGACAGUGGGCCUCCAGCUGCCCCCAUGCUCUCAUCUGGAGUGGAAUGUCUCCUUGACUCCUCUGCCUGUACUGGCACUGAGGACCUGCACAAGGGGCUCAGCAUCCCUGGUGGCCUUAUGGCUGUGUCUGAGCCCGGUGCUGGAUUAGAUGCAGAGCCUGAUCUGUCCACACCUGAGCUGGCACACAGUAGUGAGCUGUCAUCAGAGCACCACAGGACUUUGGAGGCAAAAGGCUUUGGUGAGGAGGCAGCGCAUCUGGAUGAUGUGGUCAGAGAGGUUCAUUGGGAGUCAGCAGAACCGCUUACCAAAGAAUUACUACGCAAUGGAGGUGCUGAAAAGGAUGAAGAAAACAAACAAACUCGCAGGAAAGAAGACUGUUCUAGUGGAGAAUACCAGCAAGGAGAUAAAGAGGCACAAGAUACUGAAGAGAGCCACGCUGAAUGCUGUGCUCUAAAACCUGGGGAAAAAUGGUUAAAACAAGAGGAUCCUCAUCUAAACAAGCAUGAGGUAAAUUCUUCAGCAAGCUGUUGUGCUGAAAUAGCAGGAUUUCUGAAGAGCAAAGGAGAAAACCAAGCAAAUGUUCAGGCGACAGCUGAAACUCUCCCAAAGCUUACUGAAGAAGCACAAGGUAUGAAGGCUGAUGGGACUAGAAUAUUUAGUAAAGCAGGAUACCAGAAUGGCAGUGUGAGUAAAGGUCUUCUACCUGAGAGCGAUGAAUGCCCAGAUGUAGACACGGUCAUGGCUAGACCUGGGGUUUCAGAAACCACCAGGCUAGAUUUCAUAGAGCCUUUAAAAGUUACGGACGUUGAAUCAACAACAGAACACUCACAAGAAAAAAGUGAAUAUAAUGGGUUGAAAGCCCAUGCUGACAUCACAUUGAGAACAGGGGGCAAUGUUGUAUCUAUUUUGGAGACUACAGAAGAAAAGUUACCUAGACAAAAUCUCGUUAAUGAAUUCAAUACAUCACUUGAUAGUUGUCACACUUAUCAUCACAAUGAAGAAAACAAUACUUGUGACCUCUGUACCGUUUUUCCACCUAAACAUAAUGAACCUGUUAGGUUAUCAUCAGUAGGAAGUUGUAGAAUGCUCUCCAUAAAAAGUUCUGAAGUUAUGUGUUCGGUUGUGGAAAGUGUCUGUUAUCUGGACUUUAGAAAUGUGUCGCUAGACAACAACAGUACUGCAAUCCAUGGAAUUAUCAAUGAAACCUCAAAAAAGCAUCUUCUUGAAAGCAUGACAAGUCAGACUAAUUAUGAUCACAGAACUGGAUUUGUAAAGAACUGCACCUCCAAGUCUAUGCCAGUAGAGCAUUUCUCAGUGCUAAGUAAGAAAGAAUUAUCUAGUGAUAAAACUGGUGAUGGGGAAACAAGUGAUAGUACAAGUAAAUCAUACAUCUCUGAAUUUGAAGAGGCUGCUGAAAUCCAGAGAGAAAUUGCUGUGGGAGGUAACAUUGAAGCUCAAGAGAGUGCUGAUUUUGAGUGCUGUCAUCCUUCAGUUUUCAAUUCUAUUGCUUCAUCUUCUGAGGAGUUCUCAAAAGAAAAAUUAGAAACUAUUCCAUCAAAAGCCAGUAAGUGGAAAAAGGACCAGUUGCAAUUUUCUGUAAGUGAUCUGUGCAAGGAUGAUUUAAAAGAAAGUGUCCUGUUGAAGGAAACAAAUAGUACUGCUUCCCACGAAAUUGUACAGACAGAUGUAGGGAUUUAUAAGGCCUACAGUAAAAUUUCUUUUCCCAAUAGGCAUGACUGUCAGGAUCUUUCUGCCAAGCUAGAAGAUGAUUCACCUGAGGUACAACUGUUUAAACAGGAAUCUGAGAGUAAUACAGUGUUAGAGUUUUCUGACAAAGAAACUGAUUUGAUUUAUACACUAAAUGUAAUUCUACCUCCUCUUGCACAAAAAUCAAGAGAGCCUCACUGUGAUGAGUGUCUGUUUUGUACUGCUAAUGAAGCUGCAAGCAAGGACAAGGUUCAGGAUAAUCUAUCUGGAAAAGAAUUGUUUGGUUCUUCUGGGACAUCAGAGGAACAAGUUGCUGAAUUUGUGCUGCAUAAAGACAAAUUCAUGUCCUCAAUAAAUCCCAAGACUUCUGAUGAAUCCAGUAUGACAGGCAGCAUUUCCCAGAAGAACAGGAAAUCUUCAGAAGGGAAGGUAGACAGUGUAGAAAAUGAACAUAGCAACACAUGGAAAUGUAGUAAUCGGACUUUAAAAGACCAGCAUACAGCUGCCACUACUUCAAGUAUCUUAUCAAGUAGUACACCUGUAGGUGAUGCUGUCCUGAACAGUAAUUUUUUUAAGGCUGAUAUUGAGAUGAAGAUUGAAAAUGAUAGUUUGGAAGGAGAAGUUUCAGUUGGAUGUAAUAGUAAAAAGACAAUCACUUUUCUGGAAGAACGUUGCCCUUUGUCAUGUAGAUCUCUUCCCUAUCAAGAUGACUGGGGCAAUAGAUGUGUAGCUCUGCAUGGGAUAAAUGAUAUUUCCACAGAAAAAAGCAUGUUUUGCCUAACUUAUGAUGCAGAGGAACCUCCUGCUAUCUUAGUAGGAGAUGAGAUUUCAAAUAGGAAUAUGAAAUCUGAAAAUGUGAAACAAUUUGAUCUUUGUAAAUUAACAGAUUGCAGUGAAAUUAUUUGUGACAAAGAUGAGGCAAAAAAACAAUUUAGCGUGUGUGCUGUCCAUACAGAUGAAUUUGAUAAAAUAACAACUGUGAAUUCUCCAAAAGUUCCUGAAGGGAAUUGGAGAAGUGAGACUGGUAAACAGCUAUUACUCAGAAAUUUGAAGAAAAAAAAUUGUGUUCAUAAUUUUGAAUUUUGCAACUCUCCAUUACUGCUGAAGAUGAGAGAACUGGGCACAUCUGGGAAGAAAGGAAUGUCAUCACUCACAGCUAGUUCUCCUGAGUACAGCUAUUCUAUCUGUGGUGCAUGUCCACUGCUCAACAAUAUGAAUAUGCAAACAAGACAUGCUAUUCAAAAAGAAAUGACCAUUUCUCCAAAGGAAAAUCAGUUUCUUGCUCAUCAGAGUGAGUUCUGUGGCCUGGUUCCUGGCAAAAAGCAACAUGUAGAAAACUUAAACAGAGAACCAAAUAUUGGCUUACAGUAUAUUGCUACUUCUGCAGAGGAAGCUAAACUGUCAAUCAGUUCUAGCCAACAUGAAGAGAUACUGUUAAAAAAAGGUGAUGACCUGACUCUGUUAGUUCAUAAACAUGUAAGAGAAGAUGGUUUUCAAACAACUUUAAAAGAGAAUGCAGUGGAUUUUGAGUCUUCAAGUGGUUUAACAAAGGCAGACUACUCAGGAUGCAUGGGUUUUGUCGGUGAUGUAAGUCAAGAGAAGAUGACAAAACUAAAAGAAAGUGAGAACGGCUGUGGAAGAGCAGAUAAAGGAACUCAUGAAGAAGGCCUUCCUGAUAGCAAAUCACAGUAUUCACAGCAUGCUUUGUCCAUCAAAUCUGUGAAAGACAAAGUACAGCUAGUAUUUUCAGGAAAUACAAGGAAGCGAUCCUUGGCAAAGAUGAAGUGGUUAACUGGGGACCAAGCAGUUAAUGUCUCAUUUUUGCCCUUCUCAUCAAUUCAUGGGAGUCUGUUUUAUAAGCCAGAAAAAAUGCAUGUACUUUCAGAGAUGGAAAACAAAAAUCUGAGAAUAAAAUCUAUCUCAAAUAACUCUCGCUCACAGUUAAUGCUGGAGCCUGGUAAAGAAACUGAUGCUAACAAGGAUGUGGGUCCAUCCUGUUUUGUGAAGUUUAACAUCCAGGAUUCUUCUAAUGAGACUCAUGGGGAUUCAGAAACGCCAUCAGCUCUGAACUUAGCUAACUCAUUGCCUCAGAAAGAAGAGCUAUUUGUGUCAUCUGAGAAUACAGACAUAGGUAAUAGUGAUUCAUCUUCAGAUAAAAUUUGUUGCAAAGGAUCUUCAGUGACAAAACCUCUUUCUGUAACAAUGUACGUUAAGAGAGAAGCCAGCAAUACUGAAAUAUCAUCCUUAGAGGAUGAAAAGGCAACUAGCUCUCUGAAAGGUGCAAGAAGUUUGAGUGUUUGUGCAUGCAACAAAGAAAGGCAGAGAGAUGAGAGGCAUGGUGUGCUAACUGCAAAAGUCAUGGAUGUGGCCUUACCAAAAAGUGGUGAUUUUGGAGAGAAGUUGAAGAAUGCAUGUACAGAAGAGAAAAUGGAAAGAGAAGUGUCUCAUAAAAAAAAGCUGCCCAUACAUUCCUUACUUGAUGGAGAAGAUUGCUUAUGGGCCUCAUUAGAAGGUUUAAAAGAGUCUAGUAGCAAAACAGUUACUCUCAGUACUGAGAACUAUGAAAAAGGUUUUGAAGAACUCCCAAGACCUGACCUAAACAGUCUUUCAAAGGAAGGGAACACUACAAAGCUUACAAGCUCCACUGAUACCAGUUUACUUUCAGAAGCUGUUCAAGACUAUCAAACUGCAGAUGCAUCUGAUACAGAAACUCUACCAGAAUUCAAAUAUAAUGAAAUGAACAUGUUAUCAAAUGGUUGUAAAGAAUCAUUACCAAAUUAUGUAGUUCAGUGUGAAGUAUGUGUGCCUUACAAAUUAAAUGCACAAAGCAAAGAUAAUGCAAAGGAAAUGACAGGAUGUCAAGACACUAUACCAGCUCAUUCAGUUUCCAUGGAAAAUGAGACUUCAGCUUCUGUGAGACUUGAGAAAGUAGAGAAAUGUCAGGCACGUAAACGAAAGAAAAAGUAUGAGGAGGUGAAAGUGCCCAGGUCAGACAAGGCAAAACAAGAAAAAAAGGCAGCAUAUAAAGUGAAAACAAAAGUUGCAGUGCAUCCAAGCAUAUUGGACAGUUCUGAACUUUUAUGCAGUUCUUCAAAUGAGUUGGUGAUGUCAAGAAAUACAAAGUUUGAAAGUCCUUUGAAGGAAGUUUUUGCUGUUAGAAGCAGUGAAAAGAAACUGUGUAGCACUUUACAAGAAAUCAAAAGGCCAAAGAUUACCACUGAUACUAUUAGUUCAUGUUUUUUAAAGACUCAGGAUUCAGAAAUGGAAAACCUGAACCUUAAGGCAGGUUAUAAUGGAAUUCUUGGUGCCUUUGGAACUAGAAAUAAACUAAGAGGACCUCUUCCAUUAAAAAUACAGCCUGGAAGAACAUGCAAAAAAGUUCCCACGUCAUAUCAACUAGAAACUGUAAGAAAAAUUAAAAAAGCUAAAAGUUCAACUCUUUUGGGGCCUCCCUCAGAAAUGCCCCCUAAACAGGAAAACACAGUCCUCAAAUCUUUGUACUUUGCCUAUAAAUCACCAACAGUGAAGAAGGAAAUAACCAUGAGAUCUGUCCAUAUGCCGAGGCAGAAAGCCAAGAGGUGCAGUUUGCUGAGCAGCUUGAAAUUCAGAAAAUGUACCAAAGAACCAGCGUUACUGAGCAAGCUGUCUGCAAUAGCCAGCAAAUUACUGGUACCUGCCACCAGCAUCCAUAGCUUGGAAUCUCUGCCGUAUUCUUCUGAAAUUCUUCCCGUGGCUGCAAGGCACAGCCAGCGUAGAUCUAAAAAUCUAUUGGAAGCUUUCUCUUGCAUUAACAGGAACUUACACUCACGCUGGGCUGACAGUUGGUGUACCAAGAUGUUCAGCUUUCAAUCUUUGGCACUUUAUUCAACGAGAUCUACCAAAAUACCUUCUUUAGAUUUGAGCAACAAUUCUCCAUCUUCUUUCUUGGAUACCCCAGUGUUCCCUAUUUCUUUUCACAUAACAUUGGACUCCAGUCCUGUGACAGACCUCACAUGGACUACAUCUCAGCAUUCUGUACAUCAUAAACUGGUUUUGGAAGAAAUGCCUGCACCAUCUUCCAAGUGGACUUUCCUCCUUUCUCAGAGCUGUUCGGAUUCAGCAGCAAUCAAAGAAGAUUCCAGUCAAGAUCACGAGCUGCAUUCCCCUCUCUCUGUAACAACCCCAGAGGUUGUUGCACUUCAUCCUGACCAUGGAAGAAAUGCCAUAGCUGAAAGAACAGGAAGUUGCUCCAUGCUUGGCCUUCAUACAGUGUUAGCACUUUCUUCACCUGGAUGUUACAGGAUUUGGACAAGAAGAAGAAACUUAACCAGUCAUAUUCCUACCAUCCAGAGACUAUUUAUAUCCCAAUUUACCCAGGGUUUGAAAGGGGGAUCUAAUGUAUCAGAUGACCUGGUCUCUUCCCUGCCGUACUCCUUGGGCAGGGCACUAUCCAUAUGGAGUCAGCAUGGUCCUUCUGCCUGUCCCUCCGAAAUCACUCCUCUUCAUUCCAGUCACUGCAAGUGGCAGCCAAGUGUGGGCAUCGAGAACAGCUAUGCCAUAUUACCACACUUACCUGUACAGGAUGUGGAAGCACUACAGACUGCAGGUCAUGAGAUAUGUCUGGAACCUCCAUUCCCUCUUCCACUACCAAAGUCUUGCAUGCUUUCUGAAGCAUUGCCACCUAAGCUUCCAGAACCUGAACUUCAGGUCCACGCCCCUGGUGCAGCAGAUAGUUCCACUCCAGACUGUUUUAGAUCCCAAGAUGACACAGAACUGAAAAAAACUGAGCCAGAAGAGAGGCCAAAGAAAGUCUCACAGAUCCGAAUCAGGAAAACUGUUCCUAGGCUAGAUCAUAACCUUACACCGAUGGGACUACCCAAACCAAAAAGGCUUAAGAAGAAAGAAUUUAGUCUAGAAGAAAUCUAUACAAACAAGAACUACAAGUCCCCUCCUCCAGCCAGGAGCUUGGAAACAAUCUUUGAAGAGCCCAAGGAAAAGAAUGGACACUUGAUUUCUGUCAGCCAGCAGAAGAGAAAGCGGAUUCUGGAGUUUCAGGACUUCACUGUUCCUCGGAAGAGAAAGGCACGAGGCAAAAUCAAAGCAGUGGGAAGUUUCACUCGAGCAAAAAAAGCUGCACCACAAAGUGCAGAGUUAGAUGCCCUUCUGAGUCAGAAGCUAAUGGACCUUGAAGAAUUUUUUGCAAAGGAGGAUGAGCAGUCGUUGUCUUCUAGCACUGGAGGGAGCCAUGAGCUGAAAAUGGUCCAGUGAGCUACUUCAGUAUGAAUUGUAGUCCUCUUGGGAGAAAUCUAGUGAUUUCUUCAUACCUUACUCUACCACUCUCUUGUAAUAUCUGAUGAUCAAGUAUUGGCUGUGACCCUCUAAGGUGCUAUUUAAU